AUGGGAAAAGCACCACCAGGUAAGAAGACAACGCAAUCAGCUCGUAGACAUGCGUUUCAGUCGUUUAGAGAACGAGUGGACUCUAUCAAAAUUGACCCUCAUCUCAGUCUAUCCAAAAGAGCUCAUGAUGAUGCUGAAACUUCUCAUUUCCUCUCAACUUUGGAGCAUUGGAAGGAGAUUAAUGUUAGUGGUAACUUUACUGAGUUUUUAGACAAGGUAGAGAUACAUUCCCAAACAUUGCCACAAAUCUUGUACCAUCAAAAUACAAUUUACGACGCACUUUAUACUCAUAUUCAAUUGAAUGAUGUGUACUCCAUCCAACCUCUUCUCGAGCUUUUAUCUCAAUUCAUCCAUGAUCUCGGGCCGGACUUUAUUGAACCGUUCUACAUUCGUACUCUUGAAUUGCUUAUGGAGGUAGCUACCGCCACAAAUCCAAAUGAUUCGCAAAACAACAGAAACUCAUCAAAUGUAUUGGAAUGGUCCUUCAACUGCAUGGCCUUCACUUUCAAAUAUUUGAGUAAAUCUCUUGCAAACGACUUGUUACCAACAUUUAAAGUCUUAUCCCCAUUGCUUAAGUUGACUACUAAGAAGUAUAUAUCUAGAUAUUGUGCUGAGGCCCUUUCAUUUUUGGUAAGGAAACUGAAGGAAAAUUCUCUUGAUGCCAUAAUUGCAUUUUCUUUCAAUUCUGAAGAACUGCUGGUUAAAGAAAACGAUGCAUACUGUCAGUCGUUGGUUGUCAUGUACAGUGAAGGUAUGAAGAGCACACGUGGUGCAUUCCACUCAAAGGCCCCUAUGGUGUUUUCAAAACUUUUGGAAAACACUCUCUCCCGUGACCCAUCCUCCUGUGCUAAGCACGUUUCAAUUGUUUGUGAUAUCAUUCUUAGUAUUUUAAAUCAUGGUUCAAUUGAAGCUUGUGACAAGUUUUAUAAACUUGCUACUACACACUUGAGUAAACUUCUCAGUUCGGAUAUUAUAGAUGAAGUUUCACUCAUUUGCAUUUCACAAUUUUUGACCACCCUUGCAUUUGCUGAAUCCGGUAAGAAAAUAACUUCAUGGACUCCAUUACUUUCCACGCUUGAAGGUUUUCUCUCCUUAAUUAUUACCAAGAAAUACAGUUGUACCACUUUGCUGGACUCGGUUGUUUAUCUCGUCGUUAUCAUAUUCCGUAAUUGCAGUGUUCAAGACCUUACAAGAAAUCAUCUCAAAUUGCUUGAAGCUGUUGCCCUGUUAGAUAGCGGCAAAUACUUUUAUUGCUUUGUUGAUACUAGUAUGGAUAUUUGUGGACCAACAAUGACAAACUUUGGACUCUCCAAACAUGUCCAAGAGUUUGUAAAUACUCAUAGCUCGCUGGAUUCCGAUAUUCAAAGAUUGUCAUACUUUGUAUUGAGAAGUAAACAUGCUAGUGAUAUCAGAAUCCCUGUACAAACUCAAGAAUUGGUUCAAAAGCAAUUAAACUACAAGUCAAUCAACUCUCCAGAAGAUUUAUCAGAAAUGUAUUGGAGACUUCUAGCAUUGAGAUAUAGUGAGACUACCAAUCAAUCUGAAGAAAUGUACAAAUUUUUGAUUGGUGUCUUAGCUCAAUUUUCCAAUUCUUCAUUUACUUUUAGAUGCAAUUUUAGUGAGGAUAUUGCAGCUACUAUUGUUGAUUUACUUUUGCUUCAAAUCAAAAAUAACCCUGCCUAUACUUCAGAAGUCUUAGAUAUUGUUGUGACAAACUUUUCAAAGUUCCAAGAAUCUCCAACUUUCCUUUUAGCCAUGGAAAAUUUGGUUAAGGAUAUUGACGCUUCAAAAGUGCAUGUAUUGGAAGAGAACUUCGAUGAUAUUUUGAUGCAAAUUUCAAACAACUUGAAGUUAUCAAAUCAUGAGGCGCGUUAUAAUUCUAUCAAGUUGGCGAUUAAAAUUCACGAGGUUUUGAAAAAGGAAGUACCAGUUGUUUUCUCUGAUAUUCGUAUAAUUGAAGAGAUUCCACUCUCGCUUAACACUGGUAGAGAUUUAGCUCUGAGAAUACGAAAUAUGGCAAUCGAAUUCAAGAAAUUGAUAAAAGCAACAGAACUUGAAACUAUUUUCAUAACAAGAUACAUGUUUGGUUUGUUGACUAAUAAAUUUCAACCUUGUUGGCUCGCCGUUUUUGAAGCUUUACCUCUUAUAUCACACUUAUGCUCCAAAGAAAUUUGGAACCUAAGUUCAUACUUUAUGAACUUGAACUUUGAUACCCAAGAAAAGAAUUAUGGCCCACCAUCCUUAUUCUCAGGUUUUGCUGAAGAGAGAGAAAAUGGUUUUAGUCCGUUAAUCACUUGGUUACCUCAUGAUACCAGAAUCACUGGAAGUUUCCACUAUGUCAAUAAAACAUAUUUUGAAAAGUAUGCGGUUGUCACUAUUUCACUUUUGGCACAUGCGGAAGCUGCUAGAGGAGAAACCACAUUUAGUGAAAUUAUGAGAUCUCAAUCUCUCCAAGCUCUUGCCGCUGUCCCACUGAUUGCUGAGGCUCAUUCUGAUAUUUUAGUUCCACUUGUCUUGCACAAGCUGGACGUUGAAGAAGAAGAUGAUGACGAAGCUGAAUCGGGACUGGAUGUUGAUGUCGCAGCUGUUUGGAAUUUGAAAGACCGUAAUUCCUUAGUUGGCUUAUUCUCAAAGUUCAAGAACUUGAAGAAAAUUUAUGCUAGUGAAGAAUUCUAUCAACAUAUGUUGAAAUUACUUUGUAACAAACAGGCACCAGUACAAAAGAUGGCUUUGGAGGUUAUUUUGAACUGGAAAAUUGGAACUCUUAAUAAAUACAGAGAUAAUUUGUUGAAUUUGUUAGAUAAUACUAUUUUCAGAGAUGAAAUUGCUAAGUUUAUUACCAAAGAUACUGACUCAAAAAUUGAAGACCAGGAUUUAUCUGUCUUGAUGCCAAUUGUUUUACGUAUCUUAUUUGGACGUGCUCAAAGUUCGCCAAAGAGUAAUAGUCAAACUGGUAGAAAAUUCGCCGUGAUUACUGUUUUACCAAAUUUAUCUCCGGAUGAUAUCACUAGCUUCUUGAAUUUAGGUUCUGAAAGAAUUGGUUAUCAUCAAUUAUUCUCAGGUGAACAACCACAAUUUGACAGCAACGUUACAAUCACGACCAUGAGAAGAAUCAAUGGUUUUGUUAAAUUAUUGAGUGACGUAUACGGUGUCUUAGGUUCUAAGUACCUGGAAGUCCUUCUGACAACUAUAGAACCAUUAGUAUACUCGUUAAUUAUUGCUCAAAGACAGAUUGAUGCGGAAUCUAUUGCGGAGGAAGAUCAGAAAAUUGAGAAGUCUGCCAGAAAUGUUAGACAAGUUGGUAUGAGGAGUUUAAGUGAAUUGUUCACCUUGUUGGGAGAACAAUUCCAGUGGGAUAAAUACAUCAACGUUAUUCACAGCUAUAUUGUGAAGCCAAGACUUGCCAAGUUUGCUCCUGAGAAUUUGCAACAGACAUCAUCUUUGAUGAAGGUCAUGACAGGUUGGAUUGCAUUCCCUAAUCUUGUUAAGUUUUUGUAUGUUGAUAACUACUCGGCUGUUGAAUCGAUCUUAUCUUUACUUGAAAAUGAGAAUUCAAAGGAUGUUGUCUUGUUAACUGUUUUAGAAUUUGCGUACUCCGCUUUGCAAAAACAAGCAAUUGACGAUGAAUACUAUUCUUUACUUGCUCAUAUUGUGACUGUUUUGUUGAAAACUCUUCCUGCGAUUAUUGAUAGAUCGGCAAAUCGUGACGUUAACACUAAGGCUGUUGAUAUCUUAUUGUUAUUACUUGAGCAAGAUUAUGUGGAUGAUAAUUCUACAAGAGGUGCUCUUAUUGAAUCAUUGGCUAAAGCUUUAGAUAAGCCACAUGCUCAAGUGGACAUUAGAAAUAAGGUGAAUAUUUUGAAAUCCUUGUCAUCGUUGAUUGACAAUUAUGACUGUUCAUUUGCAGAUGUGGAUGCGUUAUACCAAACAUGUUCCAAAUCUUUUAGACUCUUUUCCGAAAGAAAGGUUCGUGAUACUUUGGUCACCGUUUUCCGAAGUUUUGGAAAUCGUUUUGAGCAUCUUGAUAUCGUUGCUGAUAUUCUUCAAGGUUUGAAUGCAUUUUCUAAUAAAAGAAUGGAAGAACCAGAUUUCGAGAAACGUUUGGAUAGUUUCAAAAAGAUUAACGAUGAGAUGUACUCUAAAUUUACCACUACUCAAUGGCUCCCAAUAUUGAAUUGUGCUCUCUACUUUAUUAAUGAUGAAUUGGAACUUGCUAUUAGAACAAAUGCCACUUAUACGUUAAACAGAUUUGUGGAUUCUUUCUCGGAAAUGGACUCAUUUGAUGUUGCUAAAGAACAUAUUCAUAUGUUCAAAGACACUGUAUUGCCAAAUAUUAGAACUGGAUUGAGAAAAUCAACCGAAGUCAUUCAAACUGAGUAUAUCAGUGUCCUAGCCCACGUUGUGCAACAUCUGAAAUAUUUUGAUGAACUUGAUGACAUGAAAGUUCUUUUAUUUCACAAUGAUGAGGAAGCUAAUUUUUUCCAUAAUGUUAAUCAUAUUCAAUUACAUCGUCGUCAAAGAGCUAUUAAGAGAUUGAGAGAAUAUCGUAAUCAAUUGUCUGAUGGAAGUAUCUCACAUUAUAUCUUACCAAUAAUCGAACAUUAUGCUCUAUGUACCGACGAGAAGUUGAGAAAUAUUGCAAACGAAACUGUGGAUACCAUUAGUUUCUUAGCCCGUUGUAUCAGUUGGAAUCAAUUUAAAGCUUUGUUCAGAAGAUAUGUUUCAAACUUGAAGAAGAGCAAGCCAGAAUCAUUAAGAGAUCAUGUUGCCUUAAUUGUUGCUCUUUCAAGAUCAUUGAUGGAUUCCAAUGGUGCUUCGGAAUCUAGCGAUGUUGAUGACAUGGAAACUGAUACCACAUUAGAUGUUAUGAAGAAUAGACCAACCAAUGUUGCGGAAUUUGACUCUUAUGUCACUCAAGAAUUGUUCCCACAAAUCGCUAAAGUUUUGGCUAUUAGAGACGAUGAAACUAUCGUGUCACGUAUUAGAUUAUCAGAAGCAUUGACCAACUUAGUCACUUGUAUUUCCGACGACUUGGUUGAAUCACAAUUACCAGGUAUUUUAACCAGUACUUGUCAAGUUAUUAGAUCUAGGUCCGAAGAGCUUAGAGAUGCAGUUCGUAAGAGUUUGGGAAGAAUUGCAACUACCCUUGGUGCUAAGUACUUCAAGUUUAUCUUGCAAGAAUUGAAAACUUCGUUAUCUAGAGGUUCUCAAAUCCAUGUUUUGAGUUUUACCGUGCAUACCUUAUUAGUUACGAUGCAAGAGUCUUUAAGCCAUUCUGAUUUGGAUGAGUCUGCUGAAAUGGUCGUCAACGUUAUCAUGGAAGAUAUUUUUGGUGCUGCUGGUCAAGAAAAGGAUGCUGAAGGUUACACCAGUAAGAUGAAGGAAGUCAAAUUUAACAAGAGUUUUGACAGUGGAGAAUUACUUUCUGCUAAUAUAUCCUUGAAAAGUUUCCGUACUUUGGUCUCGCCAGUGAAAAUGCUUUUACAAGAAAAUGUAUCAUUGAAGGUGCAAAAUAAAUUGGAUGAAUUGUUGAGAAGAUAUGCAUUAGGUUUGAAUCACAAUAAUGAGGCUUCGUCACAUGCCAUUCUUCAGUUGUGUUACGAACUUCAUGAGCAAUCGACUGGGCUUUUGGAUAAGCGGGAUGGGUAUAGAGAUAAUAAAUCGAAGAAGAAUGAUACUUCGGGACACUUCCUUGUCAAACUUAACGCCAAGCCGCAAAAGACACAAGUUGAAUAUGCCUCGUAUAUCACAACUUUACAGAAGUUUUCAUUUGAUUUGUUGAGAACUGCGAUCACACGUCAUGAAUCAUUGUUAACCGUGACAAAUCUUGAAGGAUUUAUUCCGUUGUUGGAAAGUGGACUUCAGUCUAAUAAUGAAGGAGUAAUAAUUUCAUGCUUAAGAGUAUUGAAUUUGGUUAUUAAGUUACCAUUCUCACAAGAAAUUGAUAAUACCUUCAAGUCGUGUUCAAGACGUGCUCUCAAUAUCGUUAAGGAUUGUCCUUCAACUAACUCAGAGUUAUGUCAAGCUUGUUUGAAAUUCCUUGCCACCGUAAUUAGACACAAGUCUGAUAUUAAGUUGAAAGAAACUGCCAUCAGUUACUUAUUAGUGAGAAUUCAACCAGAUUUGGAAGAGCCUAACAGACAAGGGUUGGCUUUUGCAUUCCUAAAGGCAGUUCUUUCCCAACAUGUAUUGAUUCCAGAGGUUUAUGAUACCAUGGAUAAGGUUUCGAAGAUCAUGAUUGUGAACCACGCUAAAGAAAUUAGAGAUAUGUCCAGAAGUGCAUACUUCCAAUUCUUAAUGGAAUAUGAUCAAGGUAGAGGAAGAUUGGAAAAGCAAUUCAAAUUUUUGCUUAAUAAUUUAAGCUAUGCGACUCAAGAUGGUAGACUGUCUGUUAUGGAAUUGCUUCAUUUGAUUAUCUUCAAAUCAGGAUCUGAGUUACUUGGCAAAUUGGCUUCUUCUUUCUUCAUUGGAUUGGCUAAUGUCGUGGUUAGUGACGACUCUUCUAAGUGUCGUGAAAUGGCUGCCGCAUUACUUGGUAGUAUGUUCAAAAAACUUGGCCAUGAAAACUUGACCCAGAUUGAAAAGUACUGUUCAGUUUGGUUAUCCCAAGAUGAUAACCGUUUACUUCAAAGAUGUGGACUUCAAGUAUACAAAUUAUAUGCUGCAGAAUUUGGCUUUGGAAAGAGCACAACAAUGGACAAAUUGGCACUCGCCAGAAUUCAAGAAAUUUUAAUUGCUUCUAAGAGUGAUAGUGAGAACAAUACUGAUGUUGAAUGGGAACUUGUAUACUCGACUUUAUCCGUAUUGUCAACACUUGCAAGUACGUUAAAGGAUUCUAUUUUUGGAAGUGCGUACGCUUCAAUUUGGGCAGCUGUCUUAGAAUCUCUUCUUUAUCCACAUUCUUGGGUUCGUCUCAUUGCUAGUCGUUUGGUUGGAAUGUUGUUAUCAAACUUAGAUUCGAUUGAGUUCACUUUAACAGCUUAUGAGAUUCAAACUGUUGCAUAUAGAUUAUUACAUCAACUUGGUGCUCCUUCUAUUUCUGAAGCCUUAGGGGGUCAAAUCGUCAAAAAUUUGGUCAUCAUUGCCAUGAGAUGGGAGAAGAACCAAACAAUUUAUGAAUUCAAGAGCGAAUCUCAGGACGAAGAAGAACUGGUGAAAUACAAAUUUGCAAUGGACUAUCUUGUUGCAAGAGUGAGUGCCAUUAUGAGACAGGAAAACAAUUACAGAGACUCAUUUGUGUCAAAGAAGUCAAGUAUUCAACUUGCAGCUAUGUUAGUUCAAAUUAUUCCCGAGGAAAAAUUACCAGUUGCUGCUGAAAGAUUCAUGUUGGGAAUGUACAACUUCAACGACCUCAACCCAAACAACAGUGAAGCCGAAGCUGAAUUGGUUAACUUGUCGACAGAAUGUAAUCUGAUGAUUGAAAAUAAGCUAGGAGUUACAGAAUAUACUAAGAUUUAUACUCUUGUGAAGCAAACUGUCGAUAAGAGACGUCAAGACAGAAGAACAAAGCGUGCUCAAUUAAACAUCACCGCCCCUGAUGUGGCAGCAAAAAGAAAGAUGAGAAAGCACGAAAGAUUUAGAGAAAAGAGAAAGCACGAGAAGGAUGACAAUGGUUAUUAUAAAACAAAGAGAAAUAAAUUUUCUUAA